CAACUUCGGGCUGCCUCGUGGGAGUGGCUAGCAGCAGGUUUUAAAUUCACGCGUGGUCUGGGUGUCGGGCUUGUUUCGCACCACAUACGCAGCUAGAAACUUCUGAAACUCAUGCCAGCGACUUGCCCACGAGUAUCUCUGCGGGGGCAGACGGGAUUGGACUAAAGUUUUGCAUACUCAGUAAAAUGCCAUCUUAUCCUCUCAACCAAUUCGCUGACCUGGAGGAGAUGAUGUGCAAGCAGUUACUGAAUCUCGACCUGAGGGAGCCAAACAGACCGCUGUCAUCUCUCAAUCUGGCGAUGAGAACACCAGGCUACAUUGGUCAGCCACGUGGCAAUACAUCUUUUUCCUUCUCGUCUCUCUCAUGCCUCCCCACUGAUCCUUCAGACAGUGUGUUUCUGACUUCCAGUCCAUGGGGGCAGCAGUCAGAAAGCCCGCUGCUCUGCCAGCUGGCUAAACCCUCCCACUGGGGAAAGUCAGGCUUCCUUGCCCAGCGCUCCAUCAGCAUGGUAGAGACCAGCAGCACCACAGCAACAAGUCUAGGCUGGCCUAUGACUGAUAUAAAGCACUCCCUAAGUGACAUCACCCCCACUACACUGAACACUAGCUCUUCUUCGUCCACCUCCUCUUCCUCAUCACGCUAUAAGACUGAACUAUGUCGAUCUUUCACUGAGAAUGGCUUGUGCAAGUAUGGUGGGAAAUGCCAGUUUGCCCACGGGCCAGAGGAGCUACGGGAUCUUAACAGACAUCCGAAAUACAAAACUGAGCCGUGUCGUACUUUUCACACCAUCACUGUCCACAACAGUGAGGAAGAAAAGAAACAUUCCUUCUGUCGUUCCUCGUCCCUCGCCUCAAGCAUUCCACCACAGCCACCUGCUGCCUCCCGCUCACACAGACCUCCUCUUAUGAGACAGAGCUUUAGUUUUGCUGGGUUUCCGUCUGCUCCCCAGCAAAUCCUCCAACCCGCUUUUACUGCUCAUCCACCUCCUCCUUCCACUCCCUCUUUCACAUGUGCUCCCUUGGCCUCUCCUCCUUCCAGCCCAGACAUUACUGACCUCCUCUCUCAUGCCUUCCAAGAGAUGGACUCUGCCUUUGAGGCCUCCCCUGCUCACCAGUACCAACCUCCUGUGGGCCAGGUAACUUCAACAGAUCCACGCUCUCCAUUCUUGCCUUCCCCAGACUCUGGCUGCUCUCCAUGUGGGCUGUCCCCGACUGCCUCCCUGAGGCAGAGUCCCUGCGCUGCUGGAGUCUUUUCAGGGCCUCUGGGUGCCCGUUCCCUAUCUUACACCUCUCUGUCAGACCAGGACCAGGAUGGAAGCAGCUCCACUAGCUCACUCAGUGGCUCUGAAUCAUGUGUUGGCAGUAAUGAAGGAAACGGCAAACGCCUGGCAGUGUUCAGUCAGCUCUCUGUUCCUGAGGAUGCUACUGGGAUCUGCCUUUAGGCUGCACAGCAGCGUUCGCAUAUCAAGCACACAUAAUGCUCAUACACUAGACAUCUAGACACUUCCCCCCUCAUGGACAGGCACUGGACCGACACCUCAAAUAUUUUGUGCAUCUGUGUGACAUCAAAAUAAAGAAGGGACUGACUCAGAACACUCAGAGGUUAUCUUAUCAGAUUUGUGGUGUUAAAAUGUGACCGUCAUGUGUGUAAGGGAAGCCACAGUGAUGGUAAAAAUAAAAGUGUCACCACCAAAAAGGUAUAUAUAUCAAGAUAGGAGUUUAACUGUGCUGGAAUCAUUUGAUGCUUUAUCAAAAUGGUUUUCUGACAGGGCAAAAAAGAUGAUUGUAAUCAGUGUAAUUGGCAGCUUGACUCGAGCCGUUCACUGUUCCUUUAUCAGCUUCUCCUGAGCAAUGUAAAGAAUGUGAUAAAGCCAAAGAUGUGUGUUUUGAUUAUGGUGGGAUAAAUGAACAAUGUGACCUAUAUUUAGGAGUUGUUGCAUUUCCGUUAACAGUACACGGUAUUGUGUUUUAUAAGCUGGUGAAAUUGUUUUUCUCAUAACUACAGUCUGAGGUUAUGUUUAGAUCACUGGCCUUGAACCUGAAUGUUACAUUUUUAAACCGCGUAAGUGCCUGUAGCGUUAACAGGUCAUGUUACAGCGUUGAACUAAAAUUUGCUAGGCUGUUAGUGGGACAAGGAGGGGUGUGAGUCUUUUUUUUUUUUUAGUCAUGUUAAGCUACUGUAUGUUCAGGUCUCACUGUUAAAACUACUACUAAUGUUCUCUUGUUGCAUUAAUGAGAAACUGUCUCCAGUAAAAGCCAAGUGGGCUUUAUCAUAUGUUUUCAAAUCUCAUGUUAUUGACAUUGUUAACUCUGUGACUUGGUAACUGGAGAAACGACAUGGAAGUAACUGCAAAAAAUAGACCUAGACCGGGUCGAUGAUGGACAAAAACAUAAAUGAGGCCACAUUUUGCAUCUUGCUGUGUAAUUUAACAUGAGUUGAGCACAGCUUGAGUUGCAGUGCACUUGGCUCAGAAGUAAAGUUUAAGGAAGUCUAGUGAAUACCUCCUGAGAGUCCAGUUGUUUUUUUGUUUUUUGUUUUUUUGUGAGGCCAUGUUUCCUAAAACACAUGGUGCUCAUUCCCAGGAGUGUGGGAUAUUCGUCCUCCCUCACCUGCCGGAAGCACUGCUGUUAUCUUUUGAUGCAUAUUCGUUUUCAUGGCUCUCACCCCACAUUGUUCAAUCUCUGUCAUUCAGUAUUAAUUCUUACUAUUGAGAAUGUGUAGCUUCCUGGUCACCUCUACUAGUAGUGUGCUCCCAGGUUCGUUUCCUUACUGAGCUAGAGGCAGCACACUGUAGGCUAAGGUUAAGUAUGCUUAGUGUUUUAGAGAUGUUACUCUCCUGUUUUGUAUGUAGUUGGUUAGGAGAACAGACGCCAUGCUGUUACUGGUCUAUUUAAAUUUACCUUUUCAUCAACGUAUUUAGUGUUAAAGGCGAUGAUCUUUAGUAAAUUAAUUUCUUUAAUUUAUUUUAACAUAUUUAUAGAUGACUGAGUUGUUAAUGCUUGUAUC